CAAGCGUUAGUACAUUUCGAUGGAGGCGACACAAAAAUAAACAACACAAAAUAAUAAGUUUUUGAAUUAGUUAUUUCCAAAUGGCGCAAGUACAAUAUGAAGGGGCCUCACUACCACGCACCUAUGAUGAGCAACUGGCCCAGAACCGCGAGGAACUGGAGGCCGAGGAACUGCAUCUGAGCAGCCAGCAGCGCCAAGGCGGAUCCCCGUCCUUCGUCUGCAGACGCUGUCCAGCGCUCUUCCCCAGCAGGGAGGAGCUGGCCGCCCAUAGUCCCACGCACCGACUGAAGCGUGGACAGCGGACGCCCACGUCGCAGCACGCCUGCGAGGCCUGUGGAAGGGUCUUCCAGAAGCACAACGCCCUGGUGGAGCACAUGAAUGCCCACAACGACGUGCGCAACUAUCCGUGUCCGGAGUGCCCGGCGCGCUUUGUGCAGCGCAGCAACAGGGAGUGCCACCUGAGGAACGUCCAUCGCAAGGUGUACCUGCACUCCUGUCCAGAGCCCGGUUGCGAGAAACGCUUCCAGCAGCGGCGGGAGCGGGAUCAGCAUGUGAAGACGGUCCACCGGAAGGAGCGGAACCUCGUUUGCGACACCUGCAGCGCGUGCUUUAGCCAUCCCGUAAACUAUAGGAAGCACCUGGCGUCCCAUGGCGCCGAGAAGAGCUAUGGCUGUCCGAUUUGUGGCAAGCUCUUCGGACGCCCCGAAAACCGGGAUGUUCAUCUCUUCGUCCACAGCAUUUGUAAGGCCUAUGUGUGCUGCGUCUGCGGUUCGGAUUAUAUGCGCCGCAAUCAGUUGAUCCGCCACGGCUUGGCCAGUGGCCACCAGAACGAUCCGAUUGUCCGGCAAAAGCCCCAGUUUAGCCCUGCCCUUGCUGCGAAGAAUCGAAUCCUGUCAGAGUCCCCGGAGGAGGAGCUGCAAUGGCUGGAAGGGCAGGACGACUACGGCAGCCCAGGAUGCCUCGAGGAUUCACAGGAGGAGCGGCUUAUGGAGACCGGCCAUAUGACUGCCAUCACUGCAGAGAACGAAAAGGAAAGGGAGUUUUUCGAUUGAAUAUCCAUUUAUGAUAUAUAUAUAAUCAGGUUAGUUCGAAUUGGAUAGUUAGGAGUACGUAGGAGUGAGGAAAUACUGUGAAAACAUCUAUUUAAGCAGAGAAACAUCAACGAAUGUAAUUGUAAAUAUGAAAACGUAAACAUUAAGGCAUAAUAAUUAGCGAUAGUUACACGUAGGCUACUGCACUCAAAUCUACACUGCAUUGUACUGAAAAGUCGAAUACUGAAUGAUUGGACGGCGUAAAUUAAUGAUAACAUGCAAAAAUGAUUACCGCAUGCAAAACAUGAACCGGAGACGUCGGUCAAGAAAUAACAACAAAACGGAGAAAUGAAUGAAAAGUGAAUGUCGCUGCUGCUCUUGCA